AUGAACUAUGAUAAUAAUAAUAAUAAUAAUAAUAAUUUAAUGAGAAAAAAAAUACAAUUAAAUAAAAUUAAAUCGCCAAAAGAUUUGGUACAAUUUAAGAAAUCGAAAACAGUAGAAGGAAAUGUUAAAAUAAAAAACCAUGUACUUUAUAAUGAUACCAAAAAAAAUGGAAAAGAGAAAAUCAAAAAUUUAUCUCGGACAUAUCAAACUAUAGAUGCUCAUACAUUAAAUAGAAGUAAAAAAAAUAAAAAAAAAAAAAUUCAUUAUAAUAAUAUAAUAAACCAUCCUAAAAAAACAAAUCUUCCUUUAGACGAAAACACAUAUUCUGAUGAAGAUAAUUUUAUAUCUGAAAAAUUAGAAAAAGAAACUGAUGAAAAAAUAAAAUACAUAAAAGACAAGAUCUUAAAUAAAUAUAAAGAUCUCUUUGAAACAUACAAUAAUAUUAUAAAUGUAUUAAUUAAUAGUAAUGAAGAAAUAAAAGUUGAAUUAAAUAGAGAAACUAUUUAUAACUUUUUAAAAAUGUCAUAUAAAUAUGCUGAUUAUAAUUAUUCUCUUGCAUGUGCCAUACUUUUAUUGAUACAUAGAUUGAAUUAUCCUGAUAUAGAAUUAAAUGAUAAUGAAAAAGAGGCUUUAGAAAAUAUAUUUAGAUCUUAUAGUUAUCAUACUAUAUUAUCAUAUAAAUAUGCCUUUAAAGCAUAUCAUCACAACGACAAAGGCACAAAUAAUAAUAAUGAUCACAAUAAAAGUUACAACGACAAUUAUAGUAAUAAUCACAACAAUAAUCACAACAACAACCAUAACAAUAAUAAUAAUAAUAAUUGUAUUACUUUGCAAGUAAAAAAAAAUAUAUGUAAAUCUAUUCGACAUAAUAUUAAAAAUAAAUUUCUCUUAAAUUCUGAAGCUAUAAUAAAUCUAAUAAAUUGUAUUUUUUAUACAAUAAAGGAUGAACGAAAUAAAUUCUUCUAUACUUAUUUAAAUGCCAAUCAAUAUAAAAUAAUAUCAGAUAUGACUGAAACAGGAGUGAAAUAUAAAUAUGAACAACUAGCGGAACGAACCUUUAAAAGAGCUUUAGAUUUAGGAAUGAUUUAUUUGAAACCUACCGAUAUUAAUUUUUUAAAUUUGGCUAGUAGCUACAUUUAUUUUUUAUAUUUCAAUUUAGGAUAUGAACAAAAAGCAUUGAAUAUAUGUAUAGACAUAUUUGACAAAUCUUCAAAUAUAUUAGACCAAAUUGAAGAUAAAGAUCAUGUACAUAAAUGUUUAGAAAUUUUAAGUAAAAUGAGACACAACAUAAAACGUUGGUCUAAAAAAUUAAAUAAAAAUAGUAUACUCUUUUUAACAUUCUGA